AUGAGGACCGUGUCGCUCGCGCUGCUGGCCCUGGCCGGGCUGUGGUUGGCCGUGGCUCGCGCUGGCGCGCAGGGCUCGAGCCCCGACCCGUGCUACGACGAGCACGGGGCCGCGCGCCGCUGCAUCCCGGACUUCGUGAACGCGGCGUUCGGCAAGGAGGUGCGCGCCUCCAGCACGUGCGGCACGCGGGGGCCCAGCCGCUACUGCGCGAGGGGCGAGGAGGGCGCGCGCACCUGCCACACGUGCGACGCCUCGGACCCGCGGCGCGCGCAUCCGGCCUCCUACCUGACCGACCUCAACAACCCGCACAACCUCACGUGCUGGCAGUCGGAGACGGGCGUGCAGCGCGCGCCCAACGUCUCGCUGACUCUCUCGCUAGGCAAGAAGUUCGAGGUGACCUACGUCAGCGUGCAGUUCUGCUCGCGGCGGCCGGACUCGAUGGCCAUCUCCAAGUCGAUGGACUACGGCAAGACGUGGGUGCCCUUCCAGUUCUACUCCACGCAGUGCCGGAAGGUGUACGGCCGGCCCAGCCGCGCGCCCAUCACCAAGCAGAACGAGCAGGAGGCGGUGUGCACGGACGCGCACGCGGACGCGCGGCCGCUGUCGGGCGGCCUGGUGGCCUUCAGCACGCUGGACGGGCGGCCGUCGGCGCACGACUUCGACAGCUCGCCCGUGCUGCAGGACUGGGUGACGGCCACGGACAUCCGAGUGACCUUCAGCCGCCUGCGUGCGCCGGGGGAGCCGGACGAGGGCGAGGGCGAGGACGAGGACGCGCAGCACUUCUACGCCGUGUCCGACCUGCAGGUGGGCGGGCGCUGCAAGUGCAACGGGCACGCGUCGCGGUGCGUCAGGGAGCGCGAGUCCGGGGGGCUCGUGUGCGACUGCAAGCACAACACGGCCGGAGCGGAGUGCGACCGCUGCAAGCCCUUCCACUACGACCGGCCGUGGCAGCGCGCGACCGCCAGAGAGGCGCACGAGUGCGUGGCUUGUAACUGUAACCUGCACGCGCGACGCUGCCGCUUUAAUAUGGAGCUGUAUAAGCUGUCGGGGAGGAAGAGCGGAGGAGUCUGCCUCAACUGCCGCCACAACACAGCGGGACGCCACUGCCAUUACUGCAAGGAGGGCUACUACAGAGACAUGUCCAAGCCCAUCUCCCACAGGAAGGCCUGCAAAGCCUGUGACUGCCAUCCCGUGGGGGCCGCGGGCAAAACCUGUAACCAAACUACAGGCCAGUGCCCGUGUAAAGACGGUGUGACCGGUAUCACAUGCAACCGCUGUGCUAAGGGCUACCAGCAGAGCCGCUCGCCCAUUGCCCCCUGCAUAAAAAUUCCAGUUGCGCCACCAACAACCACAGCAAGCAGCCCGGAGGAACCAGCAGACUGCGACUCCUACUGCAAGGCAUCUAAAGGAAAGCUGAAGAUCAACAUGAAGAAGUACUGUAAGAAAGAUUACGCCGUCCAGGUCCACAUCCUGAAGUCCGACAAGGCUGGAGAGUGGUGGAAAUUCACAGUCAACAUCAUCUCCGUCUACAAGCAGGGCGAGAGCCGAAUUCGCCGGGGCGACCAGCUGCUGUGGGUGAGGGCUAAAGACGUAGCCUGCAAAUGUCCCAAGAUCAAAACCGGCAAGAAAUACCUUCUGCUGGGCAACGACGAGGAGUCCCCCGGCCAGGGCGGGGUGGUCGCGGAUAAGGGCAGUCUGGUCAUUCAGUGGAGGGACACUUGGGCCCGACGACUGCGGAAGUUCCAGCAGCGCGAGAAGAAAGGCAAAUGCAAGAAGGCGUAGGGCGGAGAGGGUCAAACAGAUUACCAUCCAGAACUGGACACAGAAACAGAGGAGCCAUGGAAAAAAAGAGGGAGCGGGGGGAUGAGGGAAAGGAGAGGGAGAAGAGGGACUGACCGCCGCCGCUUUGAGCUUUGAGCAGAGGGAUGAAGAGAAUGGUUUCUAUAAACAGGAACUGUUGUGAAGGAGCUCACCUUGCAGUUUUUUUUUUUGUUAUUCAUUUCCUUCAAGAUUUGUUUUCGUGGAUUUGCCAAGUUUGCACCAAGUUCAUAUUCAUUCACACAUAUUCAUACAUAUAUACGUAUUCAUAUAUAUACAUAUAUAUACAUAUAUGUGUGUGUGUGUGAGUGUGUGGGGUUAGAUUGAAAAUAAGAACGUCAACACAUUCAGAAACACAAUUUACAGAUUGCCAAACAAGACUUGGAGGAAAAAAAUGCAAUGGCAUUUUUCUCGUCAUUCACUUGUAAGCCUGUUCUGUAUUACAAACAUCAACCACGUUUGCGCAUGAUAUUUGGGAUUUAUUUUGGAAAAGAAAAAUGAAUGAUCAGACUAAUUUUUUCCAGACUUUCACAUACAGUUUUUGUUUUCAGCGUUUCAGUCUCUGAAUAUCUGUCCAAAACUUGGUUCCUUUUUAUGUUAGCAUUUUAAACACACACACACAUAAACACACACACACACACACACACACACACACACACAAAGUCUUUAAAAAACAAAAAGAUUCAGGAUUUAAGGAAAUGGUAAAAUUAUGCAUAAUUUGACAAAAGACCUGAAUGUAAGGGUUGCCAAACAUGAUUCCACAUCACCAUCAUUCACUUCAAAUGUGGACAACAGUGUAAAAAAUGUACAGUAUAAAAUGCAUGUUUUCUUUAUCUUACUGCUAAUUCCAGAAAAUCUGAAAACUGGUGCUGCUGUGUGACACAAAACACAACAUAGUGAUUUGAAUGUGUUUACUGGAUGGUCAUUUCCCAAAAAAAAAAAACAAACAAACAAAAAAAAAACAUUCAACAAUAUCUGGGGUUUACUCAGACUGCUCUGAGCGUUCAGAAUGACCAGCAACACAA